AUGUAUACCAAUGCUCAUAAGGAAAUGAUCUGUGUCGACUCUUUGCAUGUUGGUCUAAAUCGUUUUUUAUUACUCACAAUUGGUUUAUGGCCUUAUCAACAAUCUAAACUCGUACGACUUCAAGUAAUUUUAUGUAUUGGUAUUUUGACAAGUUUUGUUUUAGUUCAGCUUACAGUAUUUGUUACUUUAAAAUGUACUCCGGAUUUGCUUAUCAACGUUCUCUCUUCUGCAUUAUUUUAUAUAAUAUUUGCAAUCAAAUACAUUUCGUUUAGCAUUAAUAAUGAUAUUGUAAAAUAUUUGUUGGAACAACUGCAGCAUAUCUGUAACGAGUUAACUGAUGACAAUGAAAUCAAUAUCAUAAAAAAGUACAGGAGCUAUGCGAAACGUUAUACACUCCUGUUAUUACUGCUUAUAUACAUAUCAUGUAUAUUCGUUUUAACUGCAUACUCAUUAUUUCCACACAUUUUGAAUAUUCUAUUCUUAACAAAUGCAUCCGGACAUUAUUCAUUGCCGUUUAUGACUGAAUAUUUCAUCGAUCAAGAAAAACAUUUUUAUUUAAUAUUGUGCCAUGCAAACGCGGCCACUGGUAUAGGAACUACCGUAAUAUUAGGAACAGGAACAAUGUUCAUAUUUUAUCAACAACAUGCGUGUGGAAUGUUUCAAAUCGCCAGUUAUCGUAUUAAACAAGCAAUAACGUUCGAUACUUUACGAAAGAACAGCUUGGAAAAAGAAAAUUUGAUUUACAAAGGAUUAAUUUGUGCAGUAGAUAUGCAUCGCAAAGCUAUGAACUUCUCUGAUUUGAUAAUAUCCAGAUUUAAAGUAAUGUUCUCUCUUUUGAUAAUAGCUGGUGUGAUUAGCAUGACUCUUAAUAUGUUUCGGAUUUUUCAGAUGGUAUCAUUUGGAUAUAAUGGAGAUAUUACGCAGCUUUUAACUCCCAUACUAUACGCAAUGAUUUUAUUGGUGUACAUAAUGACGGCCAACUAUUUUGCACAGGAAAUUAUAGAUCAUAAUAAUAAUUUAUUUGUCACCGUGUAUAAGGUUCAGUGGUACAUAGCUCCGUUACAUAUACAGAAGUUGAUACUAUUUUUAUUACAAAGAGGUACCAAGGCAUUCAAUAUGAAUAUUGCUGGAUUGUUUGUGGGAUCAUUACAAGGCGCAGCUACGUUAAUCAGUACCAUACUGUCAUAUUUCACUGUUCUUCAUUCUGUACAUUGACAUACAAUGAAUUAAUUACAAAUACUAUAAAAUAACAUUAAUAAAAUUUAUUAUAAACAAAUAACGUUGGGUAUUAUAUCAAAAAAAAGACAAACUAAGAUACAUUAAGAUUGAUUAUAAGGAAAAAUAUGAAGCUACAAAAAUACGAAAACAUAAAAAAAAUUGUGUCUAGAACAUUAAAAAAUGUAUUUAAUAAUUAUAAAAAAACUAUAGUAAAUUACUGUUAUAACCUUUCA